AUGACAAACGGGACGGCGGAGAAAGUGUCCGACGGGGAGCCGAACGGAGUUGAGACCAAUGGCCUGGAGAGCACCCACUUUGACAGUGUGCAUUUUGGACUGUUCCACGACCAGAUUCACGACCAGGUGCAGAACCUUCAGAAUGGCUUCUCUGUCGUUAAGAGCGCGGUGACGAAACUCACGGAGACAUUCAACCAAUACGGAGAAGUAGUAAAGACAGUGGACGAACGAUACAGCAAAGACCAGGUACUCGAGGAUCAUGUGGAUAAGUUAGAGAAUGAAAAUGAAACGUUGGCUUGGAGAAUUGAGAGGAUCAAGCAGAGCCACAAAGUGCAGCUACGCGAACAACAGAAACAGCAUGCAAGGGAGGUCUCCGGACUACGAUCGCAGGCAGAUUCAGGAGCGCAAGAAAGAGAAAAGUACGAAAAGAUGAUCAAAAGCGUGAAAGAAGAGCAGGACCAAGCCAUGCAGAAGGCGAAAGAAGAACUCAAGCAGAAGAAAGCCCAACUGGAAAAGGAUAAUGAAGAUAAUAUUGCGAGGCUAGAGGCGGACAAAAAACAACUUGAGGAAAAGCAGAAAGAUCUCGAAGGAAAGCUCGAGAAGAUAAGCAAGGAGCUCGAUCAAGAGAAGGAAAAUCAUGAGGCGACCCAGAAAAAAGCAGAGGCAGAGAUCAAGGAUCUCAAAAAAGCGCUUGCCAACGUGAAGGCCAAGUAUGAAGUGGAAAGAUUACCACAGGAACAUUACGCGGGCCGAUACAAACUUUUGGUUGAGUCGGUGGCCUCGAUCGCCAGUGAAUACUUCUCGGAGUUACCGGAAGAAGCUAUGGAUAAUCCGGUCGGUGCAUAUAACCAACUCAGAAGGAAGAAGAGCGCCUUUCAGGUGGUCCCAAUUACCGAGUCGGAACGUGCACGGGUUCUUCGGCUUGCCUUUGUGCAAAACAUCAUUUUCGAUGCCAUCCGUGAUGCCGUCUGGCAACCGUUUUUCUCUCGGCAGUACUGGAAGUCCAGACGGGACAGAAACCUCCUCAACGAGAUAUACAUACGCCUGGCUAAGGACGGUGAAGAGAUUCAAACUGACUGGAAAGUAUCCACUCUGAGGGUGUUGGAUCGGCUGGAUGAGAAGGUGGACGUUGGAGAUAAGAUAGGAACUGCGAUCGAUCUAGAUGUCAUUCACAAACUCGAACCAUUGUUGAGCGAAAAGCAGAAACCCGAUUUCAAGUCCGAGCUGAGGAACAUAUUCACCAAGGCAAUGGAGCUCGGCCAAGAAUCACGCCGCGAUCGAUCACCGGUGUACAUCGACACUGGUCCGCCUAUGAAUGGUGGCCCCGGGUGGAAGGAGUUCAGUGAAGGGUUUACCAUCGAGGAUACGCCAAACCCGAAUCUACCCAUAAUCAUAGGAGACAACACCUUUGAGCCACUCUGCGUAUCUCCAAGGAUAUACCGCAAGAGUUUGGACGGAGGGGAGGAUGAGGUGGUUUACCCAGGUGUCGCACUGUUCCCCAGUACCGGAAUCUUCCAGCAGGGAUCGAUGGAAUGGCAGGAACUCAGACAAAAAGAAAGAGAAAUCCACAAGGCUCACAACGGUAAAGCAAGAAGAGCAAGCAUGGCUUCGAUCGUGGCGGGCUUGGGUAUCGCACCGCUGGACCCGGCUGUGGACCUGAAACCUUCAAAGACAUGGGCAUCCACGACAAUAGCCGAGUAUGUUUAA